AUGGGUGUUACGGCCCCAUCCAAGCCCCAACUAGCUCUGGCAUUGGCGGUGGUCAAGCAGAAGCCUCCACACAGAGACCUCAGAGAUUACAUAUCAGAAAUUCGACUCUUCAUCAAAAGAUCCAGAGAACUGGGCCAUGGUGGUUCGCUCGACAAGUUCUUCGACAGCGUCUCUUUCUGGCAACAAGCAUACGAGGAGUCCGAGGCAAGACAGAGCAAGCUCCACGAUCAAGUACACGACCUACAACAGAAGAUUGACGAUCUCGUGGGAAAAUUGCGGGCCAAACAUGCUGAUGGCACGGAAGCCUCCCAGAUCAACAAACGCAAGGCACCUUUGCCUCGCACCGGCAGGGACACAGGAAACCUGAAUUCAACCACAAAGCGCGCAAAGAUACCUGGUAGCCUGUCUCAGAGACAUAUAUGGAUGGAUGAUGAUGAUGAAUCGGGCGAUGAAAAUGCCUUGUGCACCAGCAGGCAAUUGUAUACACUCCAAAGGGCCCUUCAGAGAAGAUCAACCUCCGAUUCUUCGCUCGGAGAUCUGACUGCUGCGGCAGUGAUUCUCUGCAAGUCGGCAGAACAGCAAUUGAUAUCAGCGGUCCAACGCGAGAGCACACCGAUACAGCAGUCAUCAACCCAGCCGAAACCCGAUAAGUCGAACGCGCCAGAUACCGAUAUCAUCCUCAAUGGGGUGAUCUUAGCUUUUCAUCUUGCACACAAGGCAUUGAAAAAACUUGCUGCGAAUGCUCAGAGCAGACAGCACCAGGCUCAGAUUACCUACUACCUGGUAGGCUUGUUCGAGUCUUGCAUGACUGCUCUCACCUUGCAUUGCACUUCUAUCUCCGCCCAGGUAGAACAGAAGAAAGAAAAGAACACCAGAUGUACCGAGAGUCAAUUAGCAUCUCACCUCGCAGACGCACUUUACAACAUGACACUUGCCCUGGAUUUGACUCACACGGAAGAUCAGGAUAUCAUGGAAGGGCUCCUCUUCCUUGUCCUAAGACGAAUGGGCAGAAUGUUAGCUCUUCAUGUCUUCCAUGACAUCAGACUUCCAAUGAGCGUCUGUCCUGGAAUGACAUAUCCCGAAGGACUCGAGGCAAUGGCAGAUGAAGGUCUCAUGCCGACUCAAGCGCAAGUUGAAACCAGAUAUCUCAUUCGGGUUUUGAGCAGAAUGCUUGAUAUAGAGUGUGACUCGUCGCCGAAAGCUCUGGCUUCUCGCCAGUUUAUUGAAAAUGUCAAGGAUCGUUUGCAAAAGACUCUCCUCCAAGCAGUUUUCGGGCCUGAUGACCACAUGUUUCGGGAGAUUUUGCUACGCCCGCAGACCCCACCUCCAGUCAACAGCUCACCAGUGGAACAAGAGAAGUUUGGGGACUGGCUGACGCAAGAGCUGUGGCGACUGGUAGGUUGGGAUGUCUUGAAAUCCAUGUUUGCCUCGAAAUAG